GGGGAAGGUUUAUUCAGAAGUCUUCUCUACAUGUUUCGCUACCCCUUUGUGGUUUUAAUGUUUCUACUGAACAUAUUUGCUGAUCCACCGCCAAAAGUAACAAACUAUCUAAAAAGUCAGAAACUAUGCCCAGAGGUACAAGCCUCAUUUGCCUCAAGAGUGAUUUUUGGAUGGUUUGAUCAGCUGAUAUGGAAGGGUUAUAAGAAAUCGUUGAAUGUUGCCGAUCUAUGGGACUUACGUCAUCAAGACACUUCAGCUCAGAUAGUAAGACGAUUUGAGAGAAUCUGGGCAAAGUAUUAUGGUGAAGAUACUGAGGCUGUUAGCAGUGGAGGGUACAAGAAGUUUAAAUCAUAUGGAACACUCAAAAAUACAAGUAAUGUUAAAAAGAAGAGAGUCACUAUUCUAUGGCCUACUUGGGGGACUUUUUGGGGCUCAAUUAUUUCUGCAGCAGCAAUUAAGGUCAUAGGAGAUAUUGUAUCGUUUGUUAAUCCACAUAUUUUAAACUUGAUGAUCCAGUUUGUAGACAGUAAGGAGUACAUGUGGAGAGGUCUUGCCUAUGCAAUCGGCUUGUUCAUUUUUGCAGAGUUGCAAUCCAUCUUCUACCAUCAACACCUGAUUGCUAUGUACAGAGUUGGUCUCAACUGGAGGAUUGCAAUCACGUUUGCUGUUUAUAAGAAGGUAUAAAUUAUUUUACAGCUUGUUUAGUAGUGUUACAAUAGUUUUAGUUGCAGUGAUAAACUAUUAAUACCUAUUGUCAUUAUUGUCAUUACUGCACAUGACAUGAAAAAUUCUGAGUCUGACUAGCAACUAGUAAUAUUGAAAUGAAAUUGAUGAAGUUAUUUGCAGUCUCUGCGUAUCUCCAAUGCAGCCCGCAAGAGGUACACAAUGGGAGAAGUGGUAAAUCUGAUGGCUGUGAAUGCUCAGCGAUGUAAUGACUUUGCAUUGUACUUUCACUUUACGUGGACCACUCCGUUAAUCGUCCUUGCUGCUCUUUAUUUCCUCUGGCAGAUCCUCGGUAAACUAGUCUUAUGUUAAAAAAAUUUAAUGUAGUAGAAGAUAUAAAAAAUAUGUAUAAAAUAUUUAUGUCUAACUGGAUAUAUAAUUUUUCCGCUUUAUUCUUUAAGUUGUCAAAUAUUGAAAAAUCACCUAUUUCUCUACUUUGUACAAUAGUUCCAUAUAAUGUGAUUGAAAUGUAAUGUGACGUAUAAGAAUUAAAAAACUGUCAUAACAAAAACUUAAACGCAAUCAAAAAGAAAAAACCACAAACAAAUUAAAAUUAAAAUAAUUUAUGAGUGAGUUUUCUAGUAUUUCAUAAAGGAAAUUCAGUGCAAUUAGCCAAUAUUGGGAAUGAACAACUGAUGUAUAAUUUGCUAUGCACUGAAAAUUAUCGAUUCUGUGCUCACAUGAAAUGCCACUUCUACUGUAUUUCUGUUUUAGUAAGUGCAACCAUUGGAUACUUUCUGAUGAACUAUGGAUGAGCCAUACCUCUCACAUUCCCUUGCAUUCAGUAAAAAUACAAAAUAAAAACAUUAAAGAAGAAAGAGCGGUUUUCCUGAACAUUCAAACAUUAGUUUGAAAACUCAAUACUAUUAUGUAACUAGGUGACAGCACUUCAGAAAUAAUAUUUCAAGCACCUUAGUUAAUACAAAACUGUAGUCAGUCUUUAGAUUUUUACCUCUUGUUAUUUUCUUUUUGUCUGUUGUACAUGUAAAAU